CGUAUGCAUAAUCCAUUUACGAGUUGCUUUACGAAUUACGAUACCCUGUCGAGAUUUAGGAUAUUUGGUUUGUGUCUGAAGAGUACUUAGACUCAGAGGAGAGAAGCAUGUUUGUUUUGUGGGCAAAAUGAUCAUAAACCACCUCAACCAACCUUUCAACUACUUCCCUACAUUCUCAACCUUAACCUCAACAUUUACUCCACUGAAUUUGUCUCUCUCUUAUUCCACUACUCUUCUCUGUCUCUCCAACUCCAACAAUUCUUCUAAGCCAACCUCCCUUGCUUCCUUCAAAUUCAAACGAUUCUGCGCUGAAAACGACAACAUCCACCAAUCUUCUUCUCAGCCUCAGACCUUCUCGGCACUCUCACUAGAUACUCCAUGGGACAGUGGAACUGUUUGGAGCACCAUGGCCUUUUAUAUGUUCACUUUACACAUUCCUUUGAGUUUUGGUUGGUUUUCUGUGGUGGCUGAAAUACUCCAACAACCUAAUCUUGACCCUCAGACUGAGGCCGUAUCAUUGUUUCUGGCUCAAAGUCUAGAGUUCACUGCAACUUUGAUUUUACUAAAAUAUACAGCAAAGCCACAGUAUCACUGUAUGAAUCUCUUCAAAACAAAUGAGCUAUCAGAUGAAAGGAACUGGCUGCUGUCAUCAACUAUGGGAUUGGCAUUUCUUUUUUCACUGGUUGUCCUUACAUCAUUCUUUCUGGACGGAGUCCUUGAGCCCAAGGUUGCAAGCAACCCUAUACUGAAAGAAAUGUUAGUGAGCAGCGACAUCUCGAAAGCUGCUUGUGCCCUCGUAUACUGCAUCAUCACUCCUCUUCUGGAAGAAACCGUUUAUAGAUGUUUCCUAUUAAGAUCACUUUCAUCAACAAUGAAAUGGCAGCAUGCCAUUCUCAUAAGUUCGGCUAUUUUCAGUUUGGCUCACCUCUCUGGUGAGAAUUUCUUACAGUUGUUCAUCAUUGGGUGUGUCCUCGGAUGGUCUUAUUGCUGGACUGGAAAUUUGUGUUCUUCUUUUCUCAUCCACUCCUUUUACAAUGCUAUGACACUUGUGAUAACGUAUCUUGAGUAGCAAUUACACUUGGUCAUUGGAGAGUUUCUUUUCCUGUGCAUACUAUCCAAGUAAAAAUAAUGAUAUAUACAUAUAUGUGUGCCAUGAAUUGCAAUGUAACUCUUAAGAUGUAUCUUAGCAGCAUUUAACAAGUGCAAAAUCUUGACUGUGUAGAAGCAUGUGCUGUAUAAUGUAUGUAUAGAUAAAACAGAUUCUGGCCAAGCUAGAUAAAUUUUACAAUUUUGUCUAAUGUUUG